AUGGCCGCCGCUUCAAUCUUCGCCACCGUCACAACAGAUCUAACACAUCUGCUUAAUCCCUCUUCACUGAUCAUCGGAAAACCAUCUCCGUCACACUCCGUCUCCGUCAAAUCCUCAAUUUCAUUUUCCCGCAAAACCCUAACUCCAAUCCGAUACUCUUCUUCUUCCGCCGCCGCCGCCGAUAACUCACCCUCCGUCACCGUUUCUUCCCCCUCAUCGGAAGGAAUCGCGGAUCGAUCCAAAACCUCCUUGAAAUCCCGUCUCCGUGGAGGCGAAACUCUCUACGGCUUAUUUCUCCUCUCUUUCUCCCCGACUCUAGCCGAGAUCGCUGCUCACUCCGGGUACGAUUACGUCGUCGUCGACAUGGAACACGGUCCCGGUGGCAUACCGGAAGCUCUAGAUUGCAUCCGAGCUCUUAACGCCGCCGAUACACCCGCCAUUCUCCGAUUACCGGAAAACUGCCCUACGUGGGCUAAAAAAGCACUAGAUCUAGGUCCACAAGGAAUCAUGUUCCCAAUGAUCGAAUCUCGCAAAGACGCGACCAAAGCGGUUUCGUAUUGCCGGUUUCCUCCCGACGGGAUCCGUGGAUCGGCGCACACGGUGGUGCGCGCGUCCAAGUACGGGAUCGAGGAAGGGUAUUUAGGUAAUUACGCAGACGAGAUUCUGAUAAUGUGCCAGGUGGAAUCAUCCGAAGGAGUGAAGAAAGCUGAUGAGAUCGCAGCCGUUGAGGGUGUUGACUGCGUGCAAAUGGGACCGUUGGAUCUUAGCGCGAGCUUGGGAUACUUGUGGGACCCAGGACACAAGAAAGUGAGAGAGAUGAUGAGGAAAGCUGAGAAAUCUGUGCUGACGUCAGAUCCGGCGAAAGGUGGGGCCUACUUGUCGGGAUUCGCGAUGCCGCACGACGGACCCGGCGAGAUCCGUGGACGUGGUUACCAUAUGGUCGCCGGAGCCGUCGAUGUUGGGUUGUUUAGGAACGCAGCAAUGGAAGACGUGAGGAGAUUCAAGAUGGGUUUGGUUGAUGAAUCGGACGGUGAGGAUUCGUUGGAACAUGAAAAGGACGUUGACGAUGAAAAGUACUGGAGCGAAUAA